CUCCACUACAUCCCUUUACAUUCCACUGCCCACCUCAACGGGCGUUACCUUCCCUAGAUCCGUAGUCAAGACCCAGUAUGGUAGCCUGGGUCGUCAGUUCUCCUCCCCUCUCCACCAUGACAUUAACCAGACUCGUGAAAAUCGUGUUUUUAUUUUACCGUCUGCCGCCCCCUCCACCUACUCCACACCCACACCCACCUACGUGGGACGCCCCCGUGUCCGGUCCACCACCAGUCCGAACCAGGCAGGGGAGGAGUCUAGGCGGAAGAUACUCCAGUCUUACGGGAAGAGCAUGUCAUUCGAUACAGAGCCAUCACAUAAACCAAGUACUAAUGGACGAAAGAGCGAACCACCGACUCCUGUCGAAAACACUCCCCCACGUCACUGUUCUUCUGCCUCUGACGUCAUGAAUGUGCGGUUUCCGUCAACCCUACCGUCCCGGCAAAAAUAUUCUGGUCGCAUUAUAUCCAGUUCAGUCAAGUCUUGUAAGGACGCCUCAACCAGCCCAGCGCCAGGGAGAGAGUACAUCUGUCUUUAUGAUUUUGAAGGCAUGUUACGGGACGACCUGUCGUUGAAGGCUGGUCAGAGAGUAAGGGUUGCCGAAGACGAAGGCUCGGAUUGGUGGAAGGGUGACUGCGAUGGUCGGUUUGGCUACUUUCCUGCGUUCUGUGUCACGUUCCUUCAACCCUGGGAGAGGGUUAUGGUGGUGAUGCAUAGCUUUAAGGCAUCUCACGAGAAAGAAGACGGGCUUACUUUACGAAAGGGCCAGGUUGUGAUCCAGAUGUCCCCGGAGGAUAAUGGUUGGAGCCAGGUCAGAACCGGUCGCAAGAGCGGCUUCUUUCCGUACCAGUAUCUGGAAAUGUUUGGAAAACAGAAAGGAUAACAUUUUGCUUCUUUCUGUAUGGCAAUUUUUUUCUUUAUUGCGGAAUGAACCAAAUUGAGUUCGAUUGACAUGAUUGAGUAGUAAUCAAGACGAUGUACCUAACCAUUUUUGUUUAAAGACCGUCAAUACUACUGGGCCAGGAGGGAUAAGACCA